GCCCGGGGGUGCGGGCGGCGGGCCCGGGGCGGUCGCUGGGACCCCGCCCCUCCCCGGUAAGUUGCUGGGUCGAGAGUUUGUGGGCAGUCCCGCCCUCCCGUCAGCGCAGAUUCGGAACCUGCCCGGGGCCAGCACGCGGAACCGUGUGUCGGGCUCUCAGCGCCUCGGUACCAGGUGCCGAGGCCUCCUUGCUGUCUGUUACAGACCAGUUGAACCAGAGGAAGAAGCUACGUGGCUUGGGGUAGACCAGGGAUGGGCAUUAUCCACCUAUGACUAAAGCCUACUGUGCAGCCUGGACUAGCACCUCAAUUUCCGCGUUCGGGCCGCUCCCACCCCCUCUCUGGAGGACAAGGAGGAGGAAGUGGAGGGGGAGGAGUCCUCGCCGGGAAUUGAGAAGUGUGUUUAGGAGAAAGGCGAAGGAAGGUCCGGGCCCCUCCAUCUACACUCCUGGAUGGAGCCAGCUGAGUCCCCACCUCUUGCCGGUCCUAGCCUGUCACCAGCUGCUGGAAUGUGGAGGAUUCUGAUCCCUCCUCUGAAGUGGACCUGGAGUGCUCGCUUUGACAGUACAUAUACUAAAAUUGGAGUGGACCUGGAGAAAGGGGAUUUGGGAAUGGAUGGGAAGGAAGACUUGUUUUGGAUUGAUGAGCCUGUGGAGUGGGAGACACCUGAUCUUUCUCAGGCUGAGAUUGAGCAGAAGAUCAAGGAGUACAAUGGCCAGAUUAACAGCAACCUCUUCAUGAGCCUGAACAAGGAUGGCUCCUACACAGGCUUCAUCAAGGUUCAACUGAAGCUGGUGCGCCCUGUCUCAGUGCCCUCCAGCAAGAAGCCACCCUCCUUGCAGGAUGCCCGGCGGGGCCCAGGGCGGGGCACAGCUGUGAGGCGCCGCACCUCCUUCUACAUGCCCAAGGAUGCUGUCAAGCACCUGCAUGUGCUGUCACGCACACGGGCACGCGAGGUCAUUGAGGCCCUGCUGCGCAAGUUCUUGGUGGUGGAUGACCCCCGCAAGUUUGCGCUUUUUGAGCGGGCUGAGCGCCAUGGCCAAGUGUACCUCCGGAAGUUGUCUGAUGAUGAGCAGCCCCUGCGGCUGCGGCUCCUUGCAGGGCCCAGUGAGAAGGCCCUAAGCUUUGUCCUGAAGGAGAAUGACUCUGGGGAAGUAAAUUGGGAUGCCUUCAGCAUGCCUGAACUACACAACUUCCUGCGCAUCCUGCAGCGGGAGGAAGAGGAACACCUUCGCCAGAUCCUGCAGAAGUACUCCUAUUGCCGCCAGAAGAUCCAGGAGGCCCUGCAUGCCUGCCCCCUGGGGUGACCUCUUAUACCCUUGAGUGGAAGGAGGAGAGUAGGCAGCGCCGAGGGCAUGCCGUGUGAGUGUGAUAGGGCCCGUGUGGCCUGAGGAAUGAGUGUGCAUGGAGGCCCUCUCUUGCUGGGGGAACGAGCCAGAGAAGAGCGAAGGAGCUGGCCCCCUGUGUCCACCAGUGGGUGUAGCAGAGUAUGGCUCUGGACCCUUCUGCCCUUCAUGUACUGGGUCGUGGUGGGCCAGGGUUGCCCUGGGAAGCUGCUCCAGGCUUGCAGCAGGGGUAGAGCAGAUGGAAGUCUCCUUAAUUAGUGUCUCAGAUAUGAGAAUCUUGGAGAUUCUACAAACAGAAUAGGGUCAUGUUUGUAGGGAUGAGGGCCCUCAUCUAAGGGGAAAAGUUGUAUGUUUUGAGUCUUGGAUGGGGUCUCAGGACAGCUCUAUCAGAGCCAAGGGUGGGUAUUCAGGAUAAGGCAGGCAUCGAGGAAAGUCUAGGUUUCCCUCUACAGUGCCCUCUGACUCUUCACACACCUGGGAUCAGGGAGUGCUGGCUCACAGUGCAGCAACAGUGCCUCAGUGCCUCCUCCAAGGAGGAUGUCCCUGGGCCAAGGUUUGUGUGAGUGUGGGCACUGUCCCAGGUCUGUGCCUUGUGUGCCAAUCAAAGACAGGGUCUUUCCUUCCGGUAUUUUUGAUGAUGUGUGCGAAUGUAUGUUAAUAUUUUGUGGCCUCAGCUGAAUGCCUCCUGUGGGGAAAGGGGUGGGGGUGACAGUCAUCAUCAGGGCCUGGGGCCUGAGAAUUGGCUGAAUAAAGAUUUAAGAAUUCUCCCUA